AUGCAUUUCAUUUCCUCACUCGCGGCACUUUCCGCAGCUCUUCUCCCCUUUUAUGCAACUGCAGCACCUACACCUUUGGGGGACAAUCUCAUUUCCAUUGCCCGCGCUGGAGAGGCAGUUUCAGAUAACUAUAUUGUCGUCUUCAAGGAUGACACCGCAGAUGAUGUGAUCACUGCACACAUUGCAACUACCAACCACCUCCACAGAAACCGUUUGGUCCGCCGUGAUGAUGCCUCAUUGGUCGGCCUCAAGAAGCAGUAUGCUAUCGGUGGCUUCAAGGCUUAUUCUGGUGCUUUCGAUUCCAGCACCAUUGAUCAGAUCAAGAACAGCACUGAGGUUGAUUUUGUCGAAGAGGACCAGAUCAUGGUCGCCAAAUCCCUCCUCACUCAGACUAAGGUUCCGUCAUGGGGAAUUGCCCGUAUCUCCCAGAAGAGCGGCAAGAACGCCAGUCUUACCAACUACUUCUACGACUCCUCUGCCGGCGAGGGUGUUACAGCAUACGUUAUUGACACCGGUAUCAACGUUGACCACGUCGAAUUCGAAGGCCGCGCAACUUGGGGUUUCAACUCUGCUGACGACAAGAACGAGGAUGGUGUCGGUCACGGAACUCACGUCGCUGGAACUAUUGGCAGUGUCACGUACGGUGUAGCAAAGGGGGUCAGCUUGGUUGCUGUGAAGGUGCUUGGAAGUGACGGGUCUGGUACAAACGCUGGUGUCAUCGAGGGUGUUGAAUGGGUUACAUCAGAUGCGAAGUCAAAGGGCAAAUCUGACAAGUCUGUUGCCAACAUGUCACUCGGUGGUACUGUCUCUGCUGCCCUGAACAAGGCUGUCGCUGCAGCUGUUGACUCUGGUGUCACUUUCGUUGUCGCCGCCGGAAACGAGAACGUCGAUGCCUCUAACAGCUCCCCCGCUUCCGAGAAGUCCGCUAUCACAGUUGGUGCUACCCAGAUCGGCGACGCCAGGGCUGAAUACUCCAACUUCGGAUCAUUCGUUGAUGUAUUCGCUCCUGGAACUGAUAUCGUCUCCACCUGGAUCGGAUCAACCACCGCCGUCAACACCAUCUCUGGAACUUCAAUGGCUUCUCCCCACGUUGCCGGUCUUGCCGCAUACGCCAUUGCCGCUAAGGGACUUUCGGGGUCUACUGAGGUCACUGAUUGGAUCAAGAAGAAUGCCAUCAAGGGAGUUGUCACCGAUGCUGGUGCCAACAGCCCCAACACCUUGAUCUACAACGGUAGCGGAAAAUAG